AUGGCCAAUCUCUCAAAUCAACUCGCAGCAUUGUACUUGGGGGGAAAUCAACUGUCAGGAACUAUUCCAGAAGGGUUUGGAAACUUUGUCAACCUAUAUCUCCUUGGCCUUGAAUUCAACUAUCUUUCAGGGGUCAUUCCAAGAGAUUUUGGCAAAUUACAAAACAUGCAAGGUUUGAGUCUGUACCAAAAUGAAUUGUCAGGACAGAUAGUCUCUACUCUAUGUAACGCCACCGGUCUAUACGAGCUGGACCUAUCAAUCAACCAGUUUGAAGGGGGCAAUAUAUUUGACAAUGUUCUUAUAAACUGUGAAAAUUCGUUUAGUGGUUCUCUGCCUCCUGAAGUUGGAAAGCUUAUACAUUUGGUGGAUUUCAAUGUUUCCCACAACCAACUUGCUGGAGAUAUACCCAUAUCACUUGCUGAGUGUUCAGAUCUGGCGAAUCUUUCCAUGCAAGCCAAUUUUUUCCAAGGAACAAUUCCACCAAAUUUGGCUUCUUUGAAGAGCAUCCAGCAAGUAGACCUUUCAAGUAAUAACUUGACCGGUCCAAUACCCAAAGAACUGGAGAAGCUUCAAUUUUUGAGGUACUUAAACCUUUCCUAUAACGACAUCGAGGGUGAGGUACCGAACACCGGAAUUUUCAGCAAUGCGAGUCAAAUAUCACUGAUUGGCAGCAACAAACUCUGUGGAGGCAUUCCAGAAUUGGAGUUCCCACCUUGUCCACUGAUUAAGGGCAAAAACAGAGGAAAGCUUAAGGUUCUCAUAUCGCUGUCCAUUGUUUUACCAGCAACGCUUCUGGUUCUCGGUGCACUGUUGUUAUAUUUCUUGGUAUAUCAUAAAGGAGAAAGAAGAAUGGUGGCAGGAUUCUCUAGCAUGCCCGCAAGAAUCGAUGAGCUCUUACGGCUUUCUUACCAUGAACUUCUUCGUGCAACUUCUGGAUUUUCUCCAGAGAACUUAAUUGGUUCGGGAAAUUUUGGAUCUGUCUACAAAGGAAGGCUAGAAAAACAGGGCAACAAGCUUGUAGCAGUCAAAGUUCUUGAUCUUCAAAAGAACGGGGCUUCCAAAAGUUUUAAAGCCGAGUGCAAAGCAUUGAGAAAUAUUCGCCAUAGAAACCUCGUUUCUAUCGUGAGUUAUUGCUCCAGUAUUGAUUCCAAGGGUGAUGAAUUCAAAGCUCUAAUCUAUGAGUUCAUGGAAAAUGGAAAUCUGGACUUGUGGCUGCAUCCUUCAGAGACAACUGAUCAGGCAACAAGCUCAAGAAGUCUUAAUCUUCUUCAGAAGCUAAAUAUUGCAAUUGAUGUGGCUUCAGCAUUGCAAUAUCUUCACGACCACUGCGAAGCUGAGAUUGUUCAUUGUGAUCUAAAACCAAGUAACAUUCUUCUUGACAAUGAUCUUAUUGCUCAUGUGGGUGAUUUUGGAUUGGCAAGGCUUCUCCCAAAACCCAUCAACACUUCUUCCGAGCAAAGAACCAGCAGUACCAUUGCCAUAAAAGGAUCUAUCGGUUAUGCAGCUCCAGAGUAUGGAAUGGGUCUUGCGGCAUCAACUCAAGGGGAUGUCUACAGCUACGGCAUUCUUUUGCUAGAGAUAAUUACAGGGAGGAGGCCAACAGAUGAUACAUUCGUGGGUGAUCUUGAUCUGCAUAACUAUGUUAAUGGGACUUUGCAUGAACGAGUUUCUGAGAUCGUGGACCCGUUGCUUCUUCUUGAAGGAGAUGAAAACAGAAAUAUGACUCCUGGAGAGGAAACCAUUAAUGGUGGAAGAGAGAUGGAGUGCAUUAUUUCCCUAUUGAUGAAAAUUGGACUCAAGUGCUCUGCAAGAUUACCAAAUGGUAGGAUGCAUAUGAAUGAAGUUGUCAGAAAAUUACAUCUCAUUCAGGAUGUUUUCCUUGGUGUCAGGGUGCCUCAAGAAAAUUUUGAAGCUUAA